CGUCAACACGAGCUGUCACUCUCCGGUCUUUUCAGAGGUUUUGACACGAUACAAACCUACACAAGUCUACCCGAGCGACUGUUCAAGUCCACACGGUCAGAUUUUGGCGAAAUAGACGCAGUUGCCGCGAUUAUCAUCAGAUUUACAUCUGUAAGAAGGCAAGAAGAAGAAGGGUGUCCGCGCCUGCUUCAAGAUGAAAUGGCGGGCUACAAAGACCACCUUCUCUCGCUCUGACCCGGAUCCAUCGGAUCCUCAACCGGGUCCAUCCGAGCAGACACGUCUAAGUGUCUUUAAGACAUCAGUCUUGCAAGACCCGGUCGAUGUCCUUCCUGGUUGUUGUAACCGGGAGCAAACCCCUCCCGAAGAUCAGGCCGAUCAUCAGCAAGUUCCAUCAGGACUCGACCCGACAGCUCCAACUACAAUGGCAGAACAACAAACAACAGAAAACAAAAAGAAGGGUGUUCGUGCCGGCCUGAAGAAAAGAUGGCAGGCUAUAAAGAGCACCUUCUCUCGCUUCCGAACAGCUGAUCCUCAGUCAGGUCUCGAGCCGACAAAACCAGCUGAUUCCCAGUCAUCUAGAACAUUGGCGUCGCUUUAUGAAGUGGGAAUAAGGAUUACAAAUCAUAGGUUGAUCUAUGAGGGGACUCGCAGAUCUGAUGGCCUAAAGGUCGCCAUCAAAUUUGUUCCAAAGGGGUCGAGGUUUGACACUUACAUCAACAUUCCUGGCUAUGACAAGCCUCUGCUCAAAGAAGUGGCCCUAAAUCUGCUGCUUCAUAAACCUGAGAAAUGUCCCAACAUCGUACAAAUGUUGGACUGGUUCGAAGAAGAAAACCAGCACAUCCUCAUUCUGGAUUAUCCGUUUCCCUCCGUGUCCUUUGGGGAAUUCAUUAAUAAGAACGUUCUGUCUGAACACCAAUUCCGGGAUUUAAUGCGGCAAGUAGUGACCGCCGUCAAACACUUAAUCGACCACAACGUCUACAAUCGUUUGUGGAGUCUCCUGAUCAACACGGACACGAUGGAGCUCAAAGUAUCAGAAUUUGGAGAAGGACUUGGCGAUCUCAUCUUAAAUUCCUUCAAACACCCUGAGAGAUACUGGCAAGCUUUUAAUGCAGCAAGGCUGGUCGGUUGUUUGGGUCGCGUGCUGCAUGUUAUGAUAAGACGUGGCUGUCUGGACGGUGUUCCUGAAGAAUUCGCCAAAGAAUGUCGAUACGUGUCAAUUCGCUGGUUUUACUUGAGUCGCUACUACAGAGAACCACUUGAUCUUAGAAGUAUCCUAGAUAUAUAUCGCUGGAAGAAAUUUGGAAGAAUGUCAGAUCUCACCCACCAUUUACUGCCAUAGUAGGGAAAAUAAAUACAACGUCUACAAUCGUUUGCGGAC